AUGUCGGACGAAUGGAAGGAUGACGCGGAGGCACAGGGUGACCUGCAACUCACGCAGGAGGAUGUGGAUGUGGAUGUAACGGAGGGAGCCGAUGAAAUGCCGAUGGAUGAGGUGGAUGCCGAGCUCGACAACCAGGACGACGAAACGUUCCAGGACGAUUCGAUCGCCGCCUUUUACUCGCACCGCAAGUCUGUGUUCUGCGUGCAGCUGCACCCCAAGUUCCCUACGCCGCCUCUAGCUGUGAGCGGUGGUGAGGAUGAUGCCGCCUGGAUUUGGAACACGAUUGACGGCUCAGAAGUGGCGCAUCUCACUGGACAUACAGACAGUGUCGUGGCUGUGGCGUUCAGUCAUGAUGGCGAGUAUGUGGCUACGGGUGGCCUAGAUGGCCGCGUUCGCGUGUGGCGUCGGCACGGCUCAGGCGAUGCGUGGCAUACGUGGGAGUUUCUGACGAAUUUGGAGGGCCCCUCGGAGGUCGUGUGGCUGACGUGGCAUCCCAGGGGACCUGUGCUAGUCGCCGGUGCGUCAGACACGACGAUUUGGAUGUGGAAGCUGCCCUCGGGUGCGGAAAUGAUGAUAUUCAACGGCCACACAGGCUCGGUAACGUGUGGCCGUUUCACGCCGGAUGGUCGUCGCCUCGUGACGGGCAGUGACGACGGAUCGCUGAUUGUGUGGGAUCCGACGUCGGGCGCGCCGCUAGCCAAACUCAAAGACUCGGACACGCGAUUCGCACUCGAUGGUGGUAUCACAUCUCUGUGUGUGAGUCCAGAUAAUAAGCUGGUCGUCGUGGGCGGGGCAGCCGGUGGCAUUCGCGUCGUGAGCAUCGCUCAGCUCGAUAGUGGAGGCGCCGCCCAACUGGUCAAUGCGCUCGACGCCCACGACUCGGGUGAGAGUGUCGAGACGAUCGAGUUUAUUGAUUUGGUGCCAUCCUCUGCGCAAGGCGCGUCGGUCGGACUCACGUCGCACACAUCCACGCACAUCGUGUCGGCGGGCACGGACGGCCGCGUGAUUGCGUGGGAUCUCAAGGCUGGCAAGGUGCGUGGCGAAGCACGUCAUGAGGCUGCUGUCACCAAGCUGAUCGUUCAUCCAUUCACGCCACUCUUUAGCACGAGCUCCAUGGACCACCGCGUGCGGACGUGGGACGUGCGGACUAUGCAAAACAUCGGCACGCAGCAUGGCUUCACUGACGGCGUGCUGGACUUGGCCGUGGGCGCUGACGACGGCAUCACGCAGGGCGCCGAGUCUGGUGGCAUCGGUGCCUACGUCGACAAGUCUCAGUUCAAGGGCUACAAAUUUGUGGGCGCCGGCGACGAGGGCGUCGCGCUCGUGUUCCGCCUGCUGUAG